UGAAUCAUAUGUUCAGUUGCGUUCCACACGUGAUGUGGAGAGGUAGUGCGCGGAAUGAAUUAUUUUUAACGUGAUGGUAAUGGCAUUUUAUCACACAAAAAUGUGCAGAAACAAAAUAAGUAGGGACGAGGUGGACAGACUACCGUCGAAAGACAGAGUUAGUGAUUUAGAUAUAGCCGGAUUUGUGAUAUCAAUAAUAAGUCAUAUCGUCGACGUCGGAUUAGACUGCAAUUUAGCCUAUAGAUAUUAUGCAAACAAUCACAUCGAAUGCUUUCUUGCAACCUUAGCAUUCAUUCUAGUGCCAGCUUUAAUUAAUACCGCCAUCAGUAUACGCAUGUACGUUAUGGAUCAAAAUGAAAAACCGAAAACAACGUUAACCAAGAAGUUCACGAAACGUGGAGUGUGCUGCUUACUGGUGCUCGUUUUUCAGUUAGCUCCAAUUCUUCGAUAUUUUGACGCGCUUCGAUAUGCGCUCAAAUCCAGGAACGCCGAGAAAUCGGGAGAUUUUGAGUGUCAAAGAAAGUAUUACGAGUUAAUGGUUAAGGAGGAUUCGGAUGUCGCCUUGCUGAGAGUGCUGGAAUGCUUUCUCGAGGCCGCGCCCCAGCAAAUACUACAAUUGGGGAUUAUUUUUAAUACGCAUGGCAAGGGAAUACACGGUUUUACAUUUGUACACCAGUUACUAUCCAUCGGAAGUUCCUUUGUGAGCAUGGCGUGGUCGAUGGCAUCCUACCAAAGACUGCUUCGUGUUUCGUUAAACGACAAAAAUAAUAUCUCCUGGGCGGGCACUAUUAUACAAUUCAUGUGGCAUUUUCUUGUAACUGUCUCUCGCAUACUUUGUAUUAGUGUUAUAUCAUCGAUAUAUCUCAAUUACACUGUAUUAGGUUUAUUUGUACACUGGUUGGUUAUGACAAUUUGGUUACAUAUUGGAACGACCGAAACAAACUUCUGUAAUAAGAACAAAAUUUAUGACUCGGCGCUGUUUGCUAUAUUCGGCAUGGUUUAUAUUUUUACAUAUGUGAAUUUAACCGAGGGCAAAACGUUUAUAAAAUAUUUAUUCUUUUACUUAAUUUUGUUCUUUGAAAACACAAUCGCGAAUGUCUUUUGGAUUUUGGAACGCGAUACCGAGCUUAUGACUACCCUCUACUACAAGCCAGUGAUAUAUUUGAAUAUUAUACCAUUUAUUCUUGGAAUUAUAUUUAUGAUUUUGUACUAUAAGGUAUUCCAUCCAAGUACCGGUUACACUGUUGGUAGGUCGAGGCAAGACAUGAGUUGACAGUUGGUUCUUAUUAACAAUUAUGUGCUCCCUUUUGCUUCUUGUCGUCCUUUCAAUGAUCUGAUACCAGUGGUGAUAUUUCUUUUAGUCUAAACUAAUUUAUAUUUGAAGCUAGGAGUUAAUGUAAUUAAUUUGAAGUUAUUUAUAAAUUAUUUAUUAAUUUUUUUAAAAUUAGGUCUAUCUCUUUUGUUGUACAAGAUCUCUUAGAAUACUUUGUUAGAACAUUUCA